CCACAUUCAAGUAUGAUAGAAAUUUUGUAAAACAAAAGAGCAUCCAUAAGCUUAAUCUUUAUUAUUAUAGAAUUUUAUUGUUAAUGAAUAAGAGAUUCUAGAGACUCGUUCCUGAGGUUUUUCGUCGUUUUUGCUCGGUUUCUUGCGAUUUUCUGUUCAACAGACGAUUCAUUUCGUUACUGAUAAUUUUCAAUAUUUUAUUUGUAAAGAAAAAGGAAAUAAAGUAAAAUAUACGCUCUUUACCAUGGACACCUCAGAAUCAAUACCAGAGACGAACGAGAUUGACGCUGACAUAGCCAGUGAAUUUGUUGAAUUCACGGAUGAUGUCCCCAUAGAAAUAUAUCGUAGUCUGCGAUAUAUCAGAAAAUAUGAGAAUGAGUAUCAGAAGGAGAAUUCGAAUCUAAACAAACUUGCUAUGGGAAUUGGCCAAUGCUCACCGUCUGAUGUCGCUGCAACAAAAAAGCAAUUUGCAAAGUCAUUGUUACACUCUGAUGAGUACAUGCAACAAACCAACGCCGAAGCCCAAAAGCUUUAUGCAAACGUUUAUGCUGCUUAUGAACGACUAAACGAUAAAAUCCGAUACUUGGAAAACGAACGCCCAGCAUCUUCGUCCUAAUUAAAGCAUGAUGAUGCUCUAAGAACGUGACCUUAAUCAUCUAUAUAUUAUAUAGUAUGUUAAAAUGAGAAUGCAUUCCUUCAAGAGUUCACAAAAAUCCAACUAGACUACUUAUAUAUUAUGAACAUCAACAUCCCUAAAAUUCCAAACAUGAUUUUGCAAUAUUAUAGAAAAAUAUCAGUUGAUCAGAAUACUACUGCUUUCUUUUUACUAAUACUCUAUACAUACAAUAAUACUUAUUUCCGUAUCCAU